AUGAUGAAUGUCAAGUGGUUUUCAUUGCGAUUAGGCAUACUAUUAAUCCUACCUAAUGUCGUAUCAACUGAUGCUUCAUCUCAAUUUCACUACUAUACAUCACCUCGUUUCCCGCUAGAUAUUGUCGUUGGCUUACCAGUAGAUGAAGGGUCAAAGGCACGAAAUCCUUUCAUGCUCACUAUAGCCAAAAGUCAGCCGGUGUUCGACGUUGCAAUUGAAGAUGUUACAAAACGACACGAGCUUCUGCCAACCGGAGCUUUGCGUGUUACAUAUGAGAACACUGAACUUUCGGAUUCUGUUGGACCGCAACGUGUAGUCGAUCAUUAUUGCAAUCGUACAGUUGAUGCUGUUAUGGGUAUCGCUUAUGUCUACGCGUUAGCACCUGUAGCAAGAAUGUCAACUUUCUGGUACGGAGGAGUCCCCGUAUUCACGACAACAGCAAUGGUGGACGAGCUUGGAGAUCGAAAAAAUUUUCCACUUUUAACUCGCAUGAUGGGCAGUUAUCGUACAUUAGGUUAUUUAGUACGUGAAAUAACAAAAACAUUCCGAUGGCAUCAUUUUUAUUUUUUAUUCAAUGAUGAAGCUGUACAUGGCGGUGGAGUUGGUCGUAGUGAAUGCUAUUUCUCAUUGUCGACCAUCAAAAAUUUGGUUCAGAAAGAGAAAGAUAUCAUAUGGAAUGUGAAAAUGUUCUCCGAAUUUACAUCAACACGAACUACUUAUCGUCAAAUGCUGAAAGAUGCUAGUCAAUUAACAAACUUAAUUAUACUAUGUGCUUCACCGGAUACUGUACGAGAAAUUAUGUUAGCAGCUCACGAGCUAGGUAUGGCAACUUCUGGAGAUUACGUCUUCAUCAACAUCGACGUCUCAACUGGAUCCCACGCUGAAAGGCCUUGGACAAGGACUAAUGAGACGAAUUUUGAAGAAAAUGAGAAAGCCAAGGAAGCCUAUCAAGCUCUCAAAACCAUUUCGUUACGAAGAAGUGAUCUUGAUGAAUACAAGAACUUCGAGACACGUGUCAAAGAAAGAGCUGAAAGUAAAUAUAACUACUCAAGUAAAACUGGUAAAGAAUAUGAGAUGAAUAACUUUAUAAGUGCUUUCUAUGAUGCUGUUCUACUCUAUGCAAUAGCUUUAAAUGAAACAAUUGCUGCCGGUAUGGAUCCUCGCAAUGGACAUAACAUAACAAGUAAAAUGUGGGGAAGAACGUUUGUUGGUAUAACGGGUAAUGUGUCAAUUGAUUCAAACGGUGAUCGUUAUUCGGACUAUUCUUUGCUAGAUUUAGAUCAAAAGCUCGGAAAAUUUGUGGAAGUUGCUUACUAUUCUGGAGCUAAGAAUGAGCUCAAAAAAGUUGGAGAUUUUCAUUGGGUUGGUGGUAAACCGCCUAGAGAUUCUCCUAUUUGUGGAUACGAUAAUAGCAAAUGUCCGAAAGGUUUUCCACUCCAUUAUUACUUAUUGGCUGGAUCGCUGGGAAUAAUCAUGUUCUUACUUAUAUUCUUCUUGGUAUUUUGGAGACGCUAUAAGUUAGAGCAGGAGUUGGCAGCCAUGUCUUGGAAGAUUAGAUGGGAAGAACUGGAUGGCGAAGAUCAGCAAAAGAAAGAAAAACGACGAUCGAAGAAAUCAAAACGCAACGACGGGAGCUAUCCUGAAUCUGAAGCCCUACUACGCUCAAAUUCGAGAUCGAGUGCCAACUCGGACAAGCGUUCUUCUAGCUCUGGCGCUACACGAAAAAUUUCGGCAAUGAUUGAUAGGAAGCUCAGCAUAUUCACAAGAAAGAAAAGUUCCCCCAAUAGUGAUAAAAAUGGUGGAAUAGGAUCCAAUCAUGUGGACACUCUUAGAGAAGUUGAAGAUGGUGAAUGCGCCCCUCUUAAUAAUGAAGUUCAUUUCCGUCUUCCCUCAAUUGGAGAAGGCAACCGUCGUAUCAGUUCUCCAACUGCUUUAUCUGAACAUCGUCAGAAACUAAGCCAAGAGGAGGAUAAUGAUUUGGCUGCUAAGAAGAGCAUAUCUUUGAAGAAUCGAAAAUUAUCUUUUGGUGCUAUGUCCUUCAGAAGUGGCGGAUCUGCAGAAACUAUAGCUCAAAAUAAUGGACAAAUUUAUACUAAAACGGCUGUUUAUAAAGGGACUAUGGUUGCCAUUAAGAAACUGAACGUGGAUCAAAAGAAAUAUCCAAAACUUGAUCUAAGCCGUGUUCAGCUGAUGGAAUUGAAAAAGAUGAAAGAUUUACAACAUGAUCAUAUCACUAGGUUCACGGGUGCCUGUUUGGAUUCUCCUCAUUAUUGUAUAGUGACAGAAUAUUGUCCCAAAGGUUCAUUAGAAGAUAUUCUGGAAAAUGAAAAAAUCGAAUUGGAUCAAAUGAUGAGAUAUUCACUGCUCCACGAUCUCGUUAAGGGUAUGUACUUCUUGCAUAACAGUGAAAUCAGAUCCCAUGGCCGAUUAAAAUCUUCCAAUUGUGUAGUUGAUAGUCGUUUUGUGCUUAAAGUCACAGAUUUUGGUUUGCAUAAUUUACAUUCACUUGAACUGGAUCCAACUAUCGAGGAGUUAGGAGAGCAUGCUUAUUACAAAAGGAUGCUCUGGACUUCUCCUGAGCUGCUCCGAGAUUCUGUGCCCCCACCUAUGGGCACACAGAAAGGAGAUGUCUAUUCCUUUGCCAUAAUUUUACAUGAAAUGUUGUGGAGGAGAGGUGUCUUCUGGAGUCAAAAUGAUGAUCUAACUCCGAAAGAUAUUGUAACGUUGGUUAAGAAGCCUGUAAUCACAGACGAAGAGUCCUUCCGUCCAUACACUCCUGAGACUCCUGAAGAAGAUGAAGAUUUGAAAGGAAAGGAAUUGAAGUCUCAAACAUUGAUUGAUUUGAUGAAUAUUUGCUGGUCAGAAGAUCCUCAUGAAAGACCAGAAAUGUCGUUCAUUCGAAAAGUAGUGCGCGGAUUGAAUCGUGACAAUGAAACUGCUAACUUGGUGGAUAACUUGCUCAAACGUAUGGAACAAUACGCGAAUAAUCUCGAAGGUCUCGUCGAGGAGAGAACUCAAGAAUACUUGGCUGAAAAGAAGAAAGUGGAAGACUUGCUUCACCAGCUCUUACCACCUAGCGUUGCAGAUCAGCUUAUCGCUGGUAGAGCUGUUCAAGCUGAAUCGUAUGACCAAGUUACAAUUUAUUUCUCUGAUAUUGUUGGUUUCACUGCUUUAUCAUCACAAUCAACUCCCCUACAAGUCGUCACAUUGUUGAACGACUUAUAUCUUGCAUUUGAUGGUGUUGUCGAUAAUUUCAAAGUUUACAAAGUAGAAACCAUCGGUGAUGCUUAUAUGGUUGUAUCAGGGUUACCUGAGAGACGAGAAGAUCAUGCGUCGCAAAUCGCUCAAAUGAGUUUGGCUUUAUUGCAUAAAGUUAAGAACUUCGUAAUACGUCAUCGUCCUCAAGAGCAGUUGAAGUUGCGUAUUGGAAUGCAUUCGGGUUCCGUUGUUUCGGGAGUGGUUGGCUCCAAGAUGCCACGAUAUUGUCUAUUUGGAGAUACGGUUAACACAUCAAGUAGAAUGGAAAGUAAUGGAUUACCACUGAGAAUACAUGUAUCCAGAUACACCUAUGAUAUCCUCACACGUGAUCCUGGCUUCCGAUUAGAUUUGCGUGGUGAUGUCGAGAUGAAAGGCAAAGGCAAAAUGACAACGUAUUGGCUUAAAGGUUAUCGCGACAUUGAAAUUCCGGACUUCGGUCCUGAGUUCCGCGAUUAA